GUGCGAUAGGUACACGUAAGUCGCUUCACUGUGCGUGACAAUGCCGCGCGCUACCACGUAUUUUCGGAGGAGUAUCGUGCGCGCCUGCGAUAAACGCGCGUUCGCGAAGAGGGACGGAUGUCACGGGACGUUCUUCCUCAAAAAUAUCCUCCGUCAUGAGUCCGUCGAUUGAGAGUGGAACGUCCCAGUGACGGGUUUGGAGGUUAUAACGCGUCGCGUCAGCUGUGCGGUUCGAGACCAGGUCCACAGUUCGCGACAAGGAGGAAAAACUCGCGAUACCGCAUUGUAGACGAUAAUGUUAAUUAAUCGCGAUUAGUCAUCCGAUGCAGGACAGUCUUGUCUCGUCAGCGGCAGCGUUGUCUGAUUGAAGCAGAGUGGGAAUCGUUCGCUGCGAGAGGAUGCUGCUGUCCGUUACCGUGUAACUGACAGUAUACGUUGCUAUUGUUGUUGCGAUUUAUUUUUGUCACACUGGCAACAGUGAGGAUGGAGCUGUACGAGAAUCGUGCGAAGAAGCGAUCGUGCCGUAGCUUUUGGCGCAGCUUGCCGGAACGGAUAUCCAACGGAGUAGAACACUUUUUCUACCGGCUUGGAGUGCGUAUCGCUCGCAAUCCGCUGAGAUGGAUGCUCGGGUGCUCCAUGAUAAUACUAAUCUGCGUCUCAGGACUGUUUCGCUUCCGGCAGGAAAAGAAUCCCACGAAGCUCUGGGUGCCACCGGAUUCUGACUUUGUCUUAGACACCGAAUGGCUGAUGUCGCACUACAAGGAAGCUAUACGAACUCAAGUGUUUCUCCUAACUGGUGACAAUAUUCUGAAUAAGCAGGCACUUAUCAAGUUGAAUGAAAUAACUAAACAAAUGACCUCUGUUCAAACGCCAGAUGGACAAAUUUCUUGGUCGGAUGUUUGCAUGAAAGUUCCCAUUAUUUCCGCCUACGUGAAGAGAUCAAAGAGAUCAAAGAGCGUUCUUACGGAAGACGAUUUUUUUGACAUUGAUCUCGUCUCGAAAAUUAAUCGAUCCUCGUUCGAACCCGCUGUCCAAGUCGAUCCUAAGUUAUAUUGCAGAAUACUUAACAGUUUACCUACGGCUUGCCUCACGUUCAGUAUCUUAGAUAUAUGGAGGUUUGAUAGCAAAGAAAUUGAAAAGGACUCGGCGGAUGAAAUUAUUGAGAAGAUAAAUACGGUAAAAAUUAGCCCCACGUUGGGCCAUACCUUGAAUUUUAGCCAGCUUCUAGGAGAUGUAACGCUGGACGAUAGAGGUAGGAUCGUCGCUGCGACAGCCGUGAAGACUCUUCUGGCGGUUCAUGUUAAUUUCCUCGACGUGGACAUGGACAAGAACGGAAACGACGCUGGAACUGCUGAUUGGGCAACGGCGGACGUACUGCAGUGGGAGUCAGCUUACCUAGAAAGCGCGAGAAAGCUCUCCGACGAGUUGCAAAACGAAAAUAGCGACAACGCUUCCGUGGCGCUUUAUUACGAAGCUGCUAGAAGCUUCGGGGACGUUACCAGCACGUCCAUAUUUCAGGACAUGGAUAAAUUGGGCGUGGGAAUUGUACUGAUGUUCCUAUACGUGAUAACGAUUCUGUCGAAUCACAAUUGGGUGGAAUGGCGAUUCUGCCUGACUGGCACCGGCCUCUUGUGCGUGGGCGGUGCGUUCAUAAUUGCCGUGGGUGUGUGCUCCCUGAUCGGAAUUCCAUACGGGCCGGUGCACACAGCCUUGCCGUUCCUCCUCUUAGGUCUCGGGAUAGACGACAUUUUCGUGUUCAACGCCUCUUGGAGGCAGGUUCACACUCACAGAUCGAACCUGAAGAAGCCGUUGGCAGAAAGAAUCGGACUCGCGUUAGGCCACGCCGGCUCCGCUAUCAGCGUUACUUCGCUCACCGAUGUCGUCGCGUUCAUCAUCGGUGCUUCCACAAUACUACCAUCGCUGCAGUCGUUCUGCAUCUACGCCGCGGUGGGUGUAUUCGUCACGUUCCUGCUACAGAUCACGUUCUUCAUCGGCUGCUUUACUUUAGACGUCAGGAGGAUCGAGCAAAAGAGGAACGGAGUGCUACCGUGUAUCGUACACGAGAGCUUCGAGCCGAAAUUGUCGGAGCCGAGCAACGCACUCUCCUGGCGAUUCGUAAACGCCCUGUACUCGCGCGUGAUAUUGACCAAGCCUGGUAAAAUCGCUGUAAUAGUAAUCACGAUCGCGGCGAUGUGCGCAGGUAUCGUCGGCUCAUUUCAACUGGAACAGUGGUUCGAUCCAAAGUGGCUGUUGCCGAAAGAAUCGUACAUAAGUCAGUACAUAGCUGUCAAGGCUCGAGGCUUUCCUCAUGAAGGAUAUGACGCUUUCGUUCUUAUGGGGGACGACGUUGAUUACGCGACUGAAUUUCCUAAGAUAAUAUCCCUAACGGAGCGCUUGAAGAACGAAUCUUAUCUACAGAGCAUGGAACCGUGGCCGCUUCAUUUCGCGAAAUUCGUGUCGACAUAUUUUGAUACAGAUUUAAAGGCCACGAUACUCCCGGAGGACGAUUUCCAGCAAUAUCUAUCAAAGUUUCUCGUCAGCCGCGUCGGCGGCAAGUAUCAGAGAAAUUUUCUCUUCAACGAGCCGUUCGCGUGCGGCAAGAAGGCACCGAGAAUCGUGAUAGCCACUAUCGACUUCAAGUUCAGACACUUCACGAGCCCUCAGCAGUGGAUCGGAGCGAUGGACGGCAGUAAACGUAUAGCGAGCGAAGCGCAAAUCUCCGGAUACGUGACUGUGUGGAGCAAACUGUUUGGAGCCUGGCUAACCGAUAAACUGAUUGCCCAAGAAGUAUUACGGAAUCUCAUACUAGCGCUGAUCUGCGUCAUGGGCACUACGGCCGUACUUAUCGCGGAGGUGCAGACCUGCUUCUGGAUCUUAUUGUGCGUGCUUUUCACGCUGCUGAACGUUUGCGGCUUCAUGUAUUUCUGGGGCUUGACGAUCGACUUGGUAUCCUGCAUCGGUCUCGAGUUGGCUGUCGGCCUGAGCGUGGAUUAUGCCGCGCACGUCGCGCACGCCUUCCUGAACGCCGAGUCGCGGGAGGGCGACGAGAACGCUCGUACGACCCGAGUGCUGGUCGCGGUCAGGCACAUCGGCGCGGCCGUCGUGUACGGUGCGGGUUCGACGCUGCUCGCGAUCUCGAUGCUGGCCUUCUCGACGUCCUACGUGUUCACGGCCUUCUUUCGAAUAUUCUUCCUGGUGAUCGUGUUCGGCCUCUGGCACGGACUGGUCUUGCUGCCGGUCGUGCUGAGCACUAUUGGACCGCGAAGCUUACACGUGAUCAAGCAGUCGGCAAAGUCCGAGAAGAUCACCGAGAAGGUGACAGACGAAGAAGAUUGAGACGGAGAAACGGACAAAGUUGUUUCAGGCACGCACGAUCUUUAUCAAUAAUAUUUAUUUUUGGUUCAAUAAACAUACAAAAUUAUUACA